AUGAAGACUUCAAUCAUCGCCUUUCUCGCUCCUCUCCUAGCUUCCGCAGCGGCAGUACCCAACGCCCUUCAAGACAACUCCGUCGCCACUAAAUCAGACGUCGUAAUCAAAUGCGACAACAAACCCGCACUCGACAACCGCCAUCUUGAAGCAGCGAGAGAGAAGUUCGCACACUCGGCCGAUACAGGCGAGUGGAAGCAAUACAUGCCUUUCUUUGCUUACGGGGAGGACGAGGAGGACGCCCAAGUUUACAUCUGCAACUACCAGCAGCUGGAGCUGGACCUUACGAGAGCGAAGAUCAACCAGUGGAUGACUGAUAUUGAUCAUAAGUGUGGUGUUGCCAAGGGUGGAUGGAUUGAUAACAUAGCGACGGAGGGCAACUUCGGACGCGGGCAGAAGAGGAUGGAGGAUUUCUGCUGAUUUCUUUUCGUGUUUGGGUGCUCUGAUCAAAAGAUUUACGUCUGUGAUGGACUGGGAUCUUGUAGGGGAUCGGGGUUGUACGGGUGGCGUGUGGGACUGUCUGGUAAAAUACUUUGUCUUAUGCGUACAUAG